AAGAACUAGAAGGAAGCUAACCAUGGCUACCGCUGACAGCGGACUGAAGCCUCUUCAAAAUGCCAUGAAAAUGGCCAAAACAGCGAUACAGCUGGACGGAGAGAACAAACACAAGGAAGCCUACUGUGAAUACCUCCGGACCAUCAACUACAUUUCACAUGCACUUUUGGAGGAAGCUGCGUCACAAAAGGAGAAGGAGAUGGUGGCGGUGGAAGUGGAGCGGAUGCUGAGGUUGGCCGAGCAAUGUCUGGAGAGAGCAAAGUCGUUUAUAGGGAAGAACGUGGACCCGCCAGACCUCCACGCCUCCUCCUCCUCCUCCUCCUCUUCUUCUUCUACUGCUGCUGCUGCUGCUGCUUCAUCUUCAUCAGAGCCCCAUCAGACCACCGCUGCUCCUACAAACACUGUCCCUGCAGCUGAUUCUCCUGUUGAGCAGAAAUCCAGCAGCCCCACAAAGACCGGCCAUCGUAGAGUUUUAUCAGACGGUGGAGGGGAGCUCUCGCCUUUCCUGCCUCCUGAAGUCUUCCAGAGAUUACAAACUGUAGCAUCACAGGACACGAGCAAGAAGGAGCUGACUCCCAUCGAAGAAGCAUCACGACUGAACCAGAAGCUCAAAGCCACCUAUGAAGCUCGACUGGCCAGACUCACUCCUGGUCAGGCCUACCAGAAGACCUCUCUGACACUGUCACUCCAGCGGCAGAUGAUGGAGAACCUCAUCAUAGCCAAAGCCAGACAGGAUGCUCUGCAGAGGAAGAUGGAGGAGAGAAGACUGAGGCUGCAAGAAGAGGCCAACAGGAGAUUUGCAGCAUCUGGAGCGAUGACUGCAGAGGAGCAGGAGCAGCGAGUUCUCUACGCCAAUGUGUUGGAAUAUGAGCAAGACCACGAUUGGCCCAAACAGUGGAAAGCCAACAUGAAGAAGAAUCCUGACAUCACACUGGUGUCAGAUUUAGUCUCCUACCUGCUCAGCCGGUCCGACCACCCGGUGGUGAAGCUGCUGAGGAAGCACCAGUACAGGAUUUACAACCGGCUCUACCCCAUCGUCAGCAAAGGUCUCCCGCAGAGUCCCAACAUGCCACUGAGACCGUCUCGCAGCAUUCACAACCUGCUUCGUCCAGAGACUCAGAGGAAGCCAAUCAGCAGCUUCAGCACCGACUCCUCACUCUCCCCUUCACACUCUCAUGAGCUCAACACCAACUGUGACGACGAGGAGGCAGAGGAGCCUCAAACUCAGCCGACGGUGGACCGGGAGAACUCGUUUGAAGAUCUGGAGCAGUUCCUGACCCAACUGGACUGGGCUCCACCCCACAGUGGCACCGACGAAACCGGCUCUGAUUCAGAACCAACCGGCGAUCCAUCUACGCAGGACGAGAGCCACGUCCAGGAGCUGGAGAAUAAAGCACUAAAAGAACACCUGAAGGCCAUCGUUAAGGACAUUCAUAUCGCAAUAGAACAGCUGCUGUCGCUGUGUUUGCUGUCCUUCGAGUGUCUGAACACAGCCAGCUAUAAGGAUCUCUGUCUGGCCAGCAUAGAGGAAGCCUUCUUCCCACCACUGUGGAGCGCCAUCGUCACCCUUUUCAGGAAAGUCCACAGAGAAAGAGAGCAGGCCUUCGAGACGGGUAUGAAGCUGUACCGAGACGCUUCACCCAGAGACGUCGGCGUUCCCUCCAAACUGUUUCCCCCAGACCCCAUAGCUCUGCAAGGUUCCUACCCCUACGAGUCUGCGGUUCAGGAGCUGAAGCUUCUGGUUCAGGACUGCUGUCCACAGAGGAAGCUGGAAUGUAUCGUUCGGACGUUACGUCUGAUCUGUGCCUGUGCUGAGGAAUACAGGUGUCUUCAUGAGGCCGACUCUUCUCCCAAAACAGCCGCCAUCGGUGCAGAUGACCUGUUGCCCAUCCUGUCCUUUGUCGCUCUUCGGUGUCAGUGUCCUCAGCUGGUGUCUGAAUGUGCUGCUUUGGGGGAGUUCAUUCAUGAAGGCUACUUGAUAGGAGAAGAGGGUUACUGUCUGACCUCCAUGCAGAGCGCUUUGGCCUAUGUUGAAUCACUGCAAACGGCAGGAACUCACCUUCCUGCACACAAACUCGUAUGAAAAAGGCUGCUGCACAUCAUUCCUGCUGCACAACUGAGAAACCAUAGCUGAACCUGCAGCUUCUGCAUGUUAUCUCGUACUCAGACGUACUCUAUAUUUAACCGAAGGACUUCCUAUCCCUAACAGAGGGACUGAACUAGUGCCUAUGAGACAUUUCUAACCAAAUCAGAGCCUGCAUGGGACCAAGCUUUGCUUUGCUGAGAAGCAUCGCUGCGUUACGUACCGCUGGACUGUAGUUGAGACUGGAGUUGUCCUAAACGGGCUUUAAACUCCGUCCAUACUGCUCCAGCCAACUUUCCUACGUCGGAUACUAUAGGUCCAAACAUUUCAGUUUCAACAUGUCCUGCUGUGGAGAAGCUUGCUCUCAAUUUUUUUAGUUACACAACUCUUUGUGGCACUUUUCAUGUCAACAAUUGAGUGUCUGAAAAUGUUCUCCGUUUUCCCAGUUUUCGCCUUUCCGUGACAACUACAGCAAAAGGUCUUAGAAACUAGUUGUGAAAGACCUGAAAUGGGUCCUUAGGGAACCUUUAGAAGUGAUGCCAUUGAUUACACAAAUGCUGAAGCCCCAUUCAGACAGAAUUAUAGUGGUAGAGGAUGAAAUAUUCCUUGUGGUUUCUGGUUAUUUAUUGUUCUGGACGGGAUUUUAAACUGCAAAGAUGUCCAGGACAAAGUAGGACACAAACAAAUCAACAACCAUAAAUCUGCUGAGGAAGUGAAGAAAAACCUCUGCAGCAGUUGUCAGAGAAUCUUCACAGUUUUAGUUUUCUCCAGUAUCUCAUUAAUCCAGUGUUAUUAAACUGUACAUCACAAAGAGGAGCCACCACUUUGACCAGAAUGGUGCCACGUUUGGCCAAAACCAGGGUGAAAACUGGACUCAAAGAGAACAGUUAGUAAACUUCUGUUGUUGUAUUGGUUCCUAAACAGGAGCAUACGUUGGUUUUCCAUCAGAUCAGCAAAAGCAGCUCAACUUCCUCCAGUUUAGCUGAUGAAAUACAGGAGAAGGAAAGAUCUUACUGGAGAUGGACUGAAAAAUACUCACAAUACAACUGGAUUAGGAUUACUAACCAGAGCAGGUUAUAUCAAUCCUGUCUGAAUGGGGCUUUAAAGAGAAAAAAGCUGCAAUACGUGGUAGUUUGCUAAUGAGGGAAUGAAUGUUUUGAACAAUAUUGCAGUUUUUACCGUCUUUAUUCAGGAAAUACGUCGAAUCUGUGAUAAAGAAGCACUACUGAUGUUGUGUUUAGAGUUUAGUAGGAUAUUUUUCUCCGUUAAAAUGUGGGAAAUGCAUUUCAUUGUUGAGGGACUGCAAGUUGAAUUUUUAUUUUUUUUUUAAAAAGCAGCGUACGUGUUUUAAAGAGCGAUGCAAACCACAACUAUGGAUUAAAACUGAUGCACUUUGGGUGUGGAGGUGUUCAGGGACGUUACACUGGAGGAUGAUGAUGAUGAUGAUGGUGGUGAUGGUGAUGGUGUUGAGUUCAGACAGACUUGCUGAGCGACUAGAGACGCCACAGGAACGACUGCUGAGGGCUGCAGACUCUUCGUCAGUCAGUCACAGCUCAUAUUUACUGUACAUCGGGAAGCUGGUGCACUUUGUUAGUUUGCGCCACUUUUUUCAGUGUGUUGCCAUGGGGACUGCAGGGACAUGUGACCGUUAUCUGUUGAUUUUCAGUUGCUAAUUUUUGCUUUCUUAUCUACAGUUUUUAGCUUGAGUUGAUGUUUUUUUUAAUGCCAACUCAUGCCUUCCCUUUGAUAGUUGUGUAAGACCUAUGUGUUAGAAAAACACUAGAUGUUUGGUAUUAAAGGGAUAUUUUUAUGUUUUUCUAUGGAAGAUGUUUAGUUUUAAAUAUGCAGAUGUUUAACAGAGUGAAAGUAGGGGUGGGCGAUGGCACCCAAUAAUCAAAUCAAGUCUGACGCUUAAACUCAAGGCUACAUACCCACAAAUGUCUGCAAAAGUUGCGACCAGAAGGAGUGACUCGUAGCUACAAUGCUUCUUUCAGGAUGUUGGUACAGUUGCCACAAUUCUUCGUCCACCUUGAUGUCUUCAGUUUACAAAAUAAGACACUUCCAGGUUGCUGUUAUGGUGGUCCUCAUUGUCAUUCAGCUGCAGUUCCAGCAAAGUGCUCAUCUCGGACUCCCAACUCCACCAUUCUGGAGGCACAAAUCUCCACAAAAAGUUGUGACCAGAAGACGGGAAUGGAAGCUCCAGUGCUUUGACGGUUCAUUCAGGGUAUCGGUACAGUUGCUGCAAUUCUUUGCUGUUCUGUUGCGAAAAAAAAAAGACGCUUCCAGGUCUCUGGUGGUCCUCGAUGUCAUUCAGCUGCCUCUAAACCAGACUAGAAAAGUGUUCAUGGAUCUGACUGGGGCCUCGAGGUCACUAGGUGGUUAUGACUUGUCAGUAGUUGACUUUUCACUACAAGAACUCCAAGUGGUAUGAAAGUUUACAGCAACAACCCUCUAAUCAACCCUUUUUGUUUCCGCUGUGGUGUAGGAUCCAACAGCUUUAGCUGCAACGUCAUCUUCGGUCAUUUUUGUGGAAGAAAAGUACCUCCUCCCAUGUAGAUAGAAAGUAAUUCCGGUUAUGACUGCAAUGGAAACACGCUGUAAAUGUUGGCACCACAUCUACACCUACCAUGAGUUGCUGCAGUGAAAAGGCGCCUGUAAGUUUUUGGUCUUGGACUCCAACUCCACUUUCCUGAACUGCAGAUGCCGAUGGUAGUCAGAUAUCACAAGUGGACUUUAGGGCGUUCUUCUUCUUCUGUGCUCCUCUGGUGAGCUUGGUAUGGCGGCACAUGACUGGACUUUCGUCACUACCUGCAGUCCAAGAUGUUGGACUCAAUGAGGAAGAUCAUUUUUUUGCAGAUGGAGUUAAGUGAUCCAGAGUUACCACCACAACAGGAAGGGAAACACGAGAUGAUGCGAGGUGGUUUGUAGUGACUGAACUUAGCCAUAGCAACCUUAAUGUUGCAACCUUAGAAAGCUAAUCCUACACCAAAUUACGAUCAUCUGCAAAUUAUGGUUGUCCGAUUGCCCACCCCUGCCUGAAUGGGUGCAUUUUUUUAGCCUGUUACCUGCAGGCCAUGUUUACUUAACACCAUUUAGUCAUUCCCAUUUGGUUGCCGUUGGUUUCUACUGAUUCCACCACAGUCAGCUCGACACAUGCUUUGUUUUUAGUCCCUGUUUGUGUCCUCGAGUUGGUCACAGAACCUCAAACUUAAUUUAUAAUGGGAUGCAUUCUUGCAAGACUUGUGUAAAGGUGGCGAUAAAGUGAUCUUAAUGUCGAGCAGGUUUCAAGGCUUUUGAGUGUUUUUGUGCUGGGAUUAAUGUGAACCAGUAGCUCCUGGAUUCAGAUGUCUUAAACCACAGAAUGCCUCCGCAGUGAGUUAAAUAACACGAGCUAGAAGGCUGAUCAGUUUGUGUUUUCAAGACAAAUCAGAAGCAGACUUUGACAGAAGCCUCCACAUACAAUGAAACUUGUGAAUUCUUUUUAUUUGGAUCACUUGCUUGGAUUUAUUAUUUAAAAUAUGUUUUAUAAUUUUGUAUGAGUCCAAAAGAUGUGAAAAAUAUCUUAGAAGUUUUUUUUGGGUUUGUUACGACUCCCUGCAACACCAAAAACAGAGUUAUGUCUAUAUCAUGUAUGCUGAUGUAAUUAGUAACAAUAAAAAUGCUGUGAUAUUUUGCAGAGUGGAUGAAGCCACUGCGCUCAUGUAAAGGAUUUAUUGUGCAUUUUGAUUUGGGGAAUUGAAUGUGUCAUUAAGCUGUACUGUGAAUGCUUGAAACUAAUGAAUAUGAGUUUGAGAGACGAGUCAAUAAAGAGAACGGAGAGAUGUUUAAAUCAUUUAAAA